AUGAAGUUUCUACUCUGUUUGCUAUUAAUAAAUCAUGUUAUUCAAAGUGCCAAAAGUGUUGAAGGCAGUGGAGAAGAUGUAGCUGAUGCUUCCGUAUCAGAAGCUUCAUCAACCAGUCUGCCAUCAUAUUCUUUGUCAUUUCAAGAAGACGAACAGCCUGUUAGAUAUGUAAGUGUUAGCAUAUUUUAAGGCAAAAGAAAAGAUGUGGCUAGGGUAUGGCCAGAGUAAUAAAAGUUAUGUAAAGAGCAAAGCAAGAGUAAGGCAAGUCUAACACAAGUAGGGUGUAUGUCCAGUAGGUCUUGUAAAGCUAGGGCUAGAGCAGGGUAUGAUAGGGUAACGUGAAAAAAGUAAAGCAAGACCAAGACGCGGCUAGGCCUAAAGGUGGCGGACCUAGGGAUAAGGCUAAAGAUAGUGCUGGGCUAUGAAGUUUGUCAUACGUAGAUUUUACUUCAAAAUUAUUGCAUUAUGAUGCAGUUGGGAGCUACGGCUCUAAGCUCUGGCUCUGGGCUAGGGCUCUGGGCUAGGGCUAGUGUGAGGAAGAGUAAAACAAGAGUAAGUCAUUAAGGAAAAAAAAUAAAGUAGAGUAAAGUCAACUAUUAUGGUAAACAUAAGAAUUUUUAGGUAAAGCUCUGCAACCAACUACAUUACAAGAUUUGCAACCAACGUAUUGGCAAGGAGAAUGCAGCUUGUACUAGCAAGUGUAGUCACCAUCUCCAAAGCUUCCUCCCAACUGAAAAGUCAUUGGAAUGUUUUGCGCCGAUAGAAGAGCUAAAGCGAUGGGAUAAGUGUCUCGAAGACAACACCGAUCUGUAAGCUAACUUAAAUUCAUAUUAUACUGGAAGUUGAGCAUUUGAACUUUAAAUUUUUCACAAAAUUUCAAAAUUCAACUUCAGGUUCUUCUCGACCAGCGUCAAAGUCCCAGAAUCCGAAAUCAAUCGCUUCAACUACACCCUCGACCAAGAAUACGACCGCUUCAAGACCCAAACUGGCGGUGUCAUCCUCAAAAAAGCUCGCAAAGCCUUCGUCGCCUUCAGAGGCUUCCAACACUGCUACAUUCACUGUAUGAAGAGGUACGAACAAACCUGUCAUGGCAUGUUCAACUGUGCCAUUUCGUACCCAGAACCCGAGGACAUGGUGACUAUUAUGAAGGAAUGUCAUGGAUUGGGCAAGAUUGUCUUGGAUAACACUAGAGAUACUUGCAAAUGCCUUCAGGAGGGCCACAAGGUAAUGAAGUUGUUUGGACAGUGCUCAUUGAUGGGUUCUCGAGUCUUUAUGAGACGGAUUUGA